UGUGACUGUGACCCACGAGGCAUCGCUGAGCAGCAGUGCAACAAGGCCAACGGUCACUGCGUGUGCGUGGAGGGCGUGUCUGGUCCCCGCUGUGACGUCUGCACCCGCGGCUACUCUGGCACCUUCCCCUACUGCGAACGCUGCCACCAGUGCUUCGCCGACUGGGACGUGGUCGUGGGUCAGCUGACCAACCAGACCCACAGGCUGGUCAACAAGGUGAACACCAUCAAGGCCAGCGGCAUCACCGGACCCUACAAACACACCAUAGAUAACAUGGAGCAGAGCGCCGGGUCCAUAAGAACUAUCCUGGCCCAGAACCCGGCUACAGAGCCACUGUCAGAAAUACAGCAGCUACUGGAGCAGGCCACGUAAGUGGGGAAAAGGGUGGGGUCAAAAUGGGUCAAUGACAAUAUUCAUUAAUGGCAAACCAAUUUAUAUACUGUAUUCUUUCUUUAUGAUAUAUUUAUGUUCUUAAGAGAUCUAAUGGAAGAGAUGAGCAACAAGCUGAACCUCACUGAGGAGGCGCUGGCCCAGGUAUCAUCUGAUGACAACAGCACCAACACCAAACUGGACUCUCUCAAAGAGGACGCCCAGAAGCUAGAUCGCACCGUCAAGGAGCUGCUGGACCAAGUGGAGUUCAUCAAGAACACUGACGUUCGGGGUUAGGGACUGAUAUACAUGUUGAGGAUUGUGAUAUAGAAGAGAUAUACAAUGUAAAUCUCCAUUAUACUUCCAUUUGUCAACUCUGUGACAUUAAACAUUGUUUUUAUAAUGACAGGAGCGACAGACAGUGUCACCAAGUACUACCAGCAGUCUCUGGCUGCAGAUGCUCGCGCCAACGCCUCCACCAGUGGCCCAGGCAACCCUGUGGAGAGCUCCGCCAUUUUACGGCAAGCCACAGAGGACAAGAUGAACGACACCAGGGAGGAGUUCCACAGGAGGCAGGGAAAACACGCCAAGAGACUGGAUGACCUGGCAGGGCAGCUGGAGACACUGGACCUAUCAGAACUCAGCGAGAAGGUAAGGCCAAGAAAGGCCAUAUCUGAGGCCUGACACUGGCUUGCUGAUGUUGACAUUGCAGAGGUGUGUGGAUCUGAGUUUGACACAGAUGGGACUCAAUCUAAUCCCAGUUUGUGAGAUAAAACCAUCGAAAAUAAUACAUUUUCUUGUGCUGUUAAAUCAAAGGAAGGAUGUUAGGUUUGAUUAAAAGAGAACCACGGUCUUGCAUCCAAGUUGAACUCUACUCACUCUACUGGUCCUCUCUAUGCAGACGUGUGGUAGCCCAGCUGAUGAGGCAUGUGUGGACUCUCCGUGCGGGGGGCUGAGCUGUGUGGAUUCCGAGGGGAACAGGAGGUGCGGUGGCGAGGGGUGCGAUGGUCUGGUCACCCUGGCCAACAACGCCUGGCAGAAGGCCAAGGACUUUGACCAAGAGAUCCUCACGGCCAUGGAGGAAGUGGACAAGCUCGCCAAGAUGGUGAGACCCUGUCUUUAAAUUAAAAUGAACCAACUCUCUUUAGACUAGAAAUUCCCCCCACUACCUCUCCUCUGGUUCCUAACCUGUCUGUGUGUGAUGAGGUGCCCAGGUGUCGGAAGCCAAGGUGAAGGCGGAUGCGGCUAAGCUGAGUGCCCAGAACGUGCUGCUGAAGACCAAUGGUACCAAGCAGCGUGUGGACCAGAGCAACGAGGAGCUGCGCAGCCUCAUCCGACAGAUCAGAGACUUCCUCACACGUAUGUGUACUCCUCCAAUCAACUCCCACGUAGCCCUCAUACUUUAACUCCUACAUAUGUUUACUACCCCGUUAUUUAAAGGUACAAUCUGCAGUAUGUGCAGCUGUUCAAUGGCCAUUUCAAUUAAUUUCACCCAUUGAUUCUAAAAGUAUGUAACUUAUAAAUGCCACAUGAGUUUAGUACAACUGUCCCCCCAUCGUAACCCUUGUCUCUCCUAUGGCGCCCCCUAGAGGAUGCAGCGGACCUGGCGAGCAUUGAGGCAGUGGCCAACGAGGUGCUUGCCAUGCAGAUGCCCACCACGCCAGCCCAGCUCCAAAACCUGACAGACGAGAUCAGGGAGAGAGUGGAAGACCUGUCCCACGUGGAGACCAUCCUUAACCAGAGCUCCGACGACAUCCAGAGAGCCGAUAGCCUACUGGAGCAGGCACGCAGAGCCAGGUAACACACAUAAACACACACACACCUCAAGAUCAUCCUUGAACAGAGUGCAGAAGAUGCGGCAAGUGUGCAAAGCCAGGUACUCCAUACAUACAACACUGUUGUGCUUGGUGUGCUUAUUAUUUACCCCCUCUGUGUGUGUCCCACAGUAAAGAGGCGACAGAUGUGAGGGACACAGCAGAGAUGGUGAAGCAGGUUCUGGAGGAGGCUGAGCGUGCCCAGAGCGCAGCGGCCAAGGCCAUCAAACAGGCCACCACCGACAUCAAAGGCACCAAUGACCUCCUGACCUCAGUGAGUCAACAUCCUCACAGAGCGAGUUUGAACUUUUGGGACUAAUCCAUUGGUUCCAUUCUACUGGGAAAACUAAAUAAAGCAACUCAAAUAUUUGAAAGUAUUUUGCUUGACAGCUAAUACCGUAAAGACGCAGAAAUUAACCCUGUUCCCGUCUUUACAUCUUGAACAGGUGGAGUCGGAGACAGCGGACUCAGAGUACAAGCUGAACAACGCCACCCAGAGGCUGCUGUGGUUAGAGCGAGACGUCAUGCUGCUCAGAGAGAAGGCACUGAACACCUCACUCAGCUCUGAACAAACUGAGAAAGACGCAGAGAGAAUCAACAAAGUGGCUGAGCAGGUCAAAAAUGUGUGUGAUCCACUCUGUGUUAUAUUGGGAUAAGUGUGAGAGUUUGUGGUUCAUUUUCAAGCCUUGUCCGUCUUACAAUAAAUUGCGGACCUUGUAUAUGACGGUGUGUGUGUGUGUGUGUGUGUGUGUACAGGACCUAGACUCGGAGCUGAAGGAUAAGUAUAGCACCGUGGAAGACCUGAUCACGCAGAAGGCCGGGGGCGUGGCCAACGCCAAGAAGAGGGCGGAGCUUCUACAGCAGGAAGCCAAAGACCUGCUGCUACAGGCCAGCGACAAGCUGCAGCUACUGAAAGGUACAUCUACACACACACAUCAAGAACAGCUUGGAGAGUGCCUUGCAUGUAUAUACAAUCACAACUCACUACCUAAAACACACACCCUUGGGGUCCAAUCAUGACAUGUCCUUACAACGCAUUGAGGCAUUAUCACAAACAAUACACAGACCCUACUGUGUAAUGGUGUCUGCUUAGUGGAUAUACAGUAUAAACAUGAUCAGUUUAUAAUACCUAUGAGCUCUCCAUGUCCAUGUUAACUCACUUUUUCCAAUACAGAGUUGAACAUAAAAUGACGCAGUCCCUCUAACAUUCUCUUCUCAAGUGUGCCUAUUCACUGUGUGAAAUUUUCACAUGUUCUGAUUAUAAAACCGGUGUGUGGAGGGAUACUACACAUCUUGUUACUUUAAGCAAGUAGAUUGACGGUAGCAUGACUCUCCUUUUUGGUUCCCAUCCAGAUUUAGAAAAGUCAUAUGAUGACAACCAGAAGACUCUGGAAGACAAGGCCAACCAGUUGGUGGAUCUGGAGAAGUCAAUCAAAGAGCUGCUGCAGGAGAUCAGUCACAAAGUCACUGUCUACAGCACCUGUCUGUUU